AUGCCUGACAGCCGAUUCGCCCAAUUUGGCAUAUACGCAUCGAUCUUGCUUGCUUCUUAUGCUUUCUACAAGCUCUACAUAACGCCUUACUACCUCUCCUCGAUCCGUCACCUACCCGGACCGCCGCGCAAGUCGAUCAUCCUCGGCAAUCUGCCCGAGAUCGUAGCUGCCGAACCUGGCAUUCUCCAGAAAGAAUGGCUCGACAAGUAUGGCGGCUACGCUCGCUACCAUUUCAUGUUCGGCGUCUCGCGAUUGCUGCUCAGCGAUGUCAAAGCAGUCAACCAUAUCCUCCUCAGCAACCCAUAUUCGUACCCCAAGCCUAAUGCGCUGCGAGGCGAGCUGGCAAAGAUUCUCGGCAAAGGCUUGCUCUUUGCCGAGGGCGACGAUCACAAACGUCAGCGAAAGAUCAUGACGCCUGCCUUCACUUGGCCGCACGUCAGAGAGCUCACGCCUGUCUUCCAGGCAAAGGCCCGAAUUAUGCUCUCUCAGUGGCUUGACGCGGUCGCCACAGAAGCCGAAUCAGCUGAACCAAAAGGCUAUGCUAUCUUUGACGUUUCGCUCGGUCUCAACCGGUGCACACUGGACGUCAUCGGCAAAGCAGGCUUGGGUUACGAGUUUGGCUCAUUGGAGAAUGACGACAACGCGCUUGCCAAGUCAUUCCAGAGCAUGACAAAGUCCCUCGGCGAACCCUCUGUGCUUUCUUUUGCGAUGAUGUUCGUCGUUCGCGCGCUACCGUUCUUGGCGCUCAUACCGAACAAACGAGUCGAAGUCAUGCGAGAGUCUAUGCGCAUCAGAGCGCGAGAGUCUCGUAAGAUCUUUGACGAAAAGAAAAAAGUGGAGCAGGAGCGCAUGGAGAAGAGUGAUUCGUCUGUCAAGGGAGCCAGGGACCUUAUGAGCCUUCUCGUGCGGUCCAAUCUCGAUUCCAGUCUCAAAGCCCGCGACAGAAUGGAUGACGACGAAGUCAUGUCCCAGAUGACCACGUUCUUGCUUGCCGGUCAGGAGACAACUUCUACGGCUGCCACUUGGACACUACUCCGUCUUGCGCAGAACCCAGAGAUUCAGACACGCCUGCGUGCAGAGAUCGUCGAAGCUCAAGCAGAAGCAGAGCGUCAAGGUCUAGCCGAGAUCGAGCCAGAAACGCUCGAAAAGCUGCCCUAUCUCGAUGCGAUCUGCAAAGAAAUCAUGCGGUUCGACUCGCCCGUCUCUGGUACGAUUCGAGGCGUAGCAAAGGAAGACCACAUUCCGGUUUCGACACCUUACAGAUUGCCCAAUGGCGAGAUGACAGAUACUAUUCAUGUCAUGCCCGGUCAAUCCAUCUUCAUGUCAAUUUAUACGAUCAACCGCAACGAGACCAUCUGGGGACCGGACGCCUCGAAAUUCAAUCCCGAUAGGUGGUUCAAUCUACCUGAAUCGGUCGCAGAUGGCACGAAAGGCUUCCUUUGGGCUCACCAACUCUCUUUCUUGAGCGGCUCGAGAGCAUGUAUAGGUUGGAGAUUCGCAGUGCUCGAGCUCAAAGCAAUCAUCUCCGUCGCAAUACAGCACUGCUCUUUCGCAGAGCGUGACGAAGGCGGCACAGAGAUAUACGCACGCAGUUUCUUGGUCAGCAAACCGCUCGUGCGCGGCGAAGCAAAGGCGGGCACACAGCUUCCGUUGCGAGUAUCGCGCGUACAGAAAGCUCAGUGA